UAUUUCGAAAGUUUCCCGCGAAAAAAAAAAAACUUGGUCAAAGACAUCUGCUGUCAAGUAAAACGUCAAAGUAGUAUAGAAACAAGUUUUUAUAUCGUUUUCGUUUCCUUUUCUAUAAUUAUAAAUUGUAUUUUCUGUUUAAAGAUGUCGGAAAAUGAGUACAACGAUGCGUAAGAAAACUCAGGUAUCGUUUGUUAUACGUGAAGAAGAGGAGAGACGUCACAAAAAUGGCGUUAGUUCAUUGCAGCUCGAUCCUAUACAAGGCAGGCUGUAUUCCGCCGGCCGAGAUGGUAUUAUUCGUGUAUGGAACACUGCUACAGGUGUUCAAGAUAGAUAUAUACAGAGCAUGGAACACCAUACAGAUUGGGUGAACGAUAUAGUGUUGUGUUGUGGCGGAAAAAAUCUUAUAAGUGCUUCUUCUGACACUACCGUUAAAGUAUGGAAUGCGCCGAAAGGAUUUUGUAUGUCGACCUUACGCACUCACAAGGAUUACGUACGGACGCUAGCUUAUGCUAAAGAUAAAGAACAAGUAGCUAGUGCUGGUUUAGACCGAGCUAUAUUCCUCUGGGAUGUUAACACAUUGACUGCUCUUACAGCUAGUAACAACACCGUCACAACUUCGAGCCUCGUAGGCAAUAAGGAAUCUAUCUACAGUUUGGCUAUGAAUCCCCCAGGUACCAUCCUUGUUAGUGGUUCUACUGAGAAAGUUCUCAGAGUGUGGGACCCACGCAACUGUUCACGGCUUAUGAAGUUAAAAGGACACGCCGACAAUGUUAAAGCCCUAGUAGUAAGCCAGGAUGGCUCUCAGUGUGUCUCUGGAAGUUCAGAUGGGACUAUAAAACUAUGGUCAUUAUCACAGCAAAGGUGCGUUUCUACAAUCAGAGUUCAUUCCGAAGCAGUCUGGGCUCUCUUAGCUACUGAAAAUUUUACUCAUAUCAUAUCUGGUGGAAGAGAUAGACUAGUCAUAAUAACAGAACUCCGAAACCCAGAUAACUUUAUGAUUGUUUGUGAAGAAACUGCUCCUAUAUUGAAAUUGUGCUUUACUGCUGACCAACAAGGCGUAUGGGUAUCCACAUCUGAAUCUGACAUACGUUGCUGGAAACUACCACCAAGAAAUUCAUUAAGUUCAGACACAUAUAAUCAAAGCAAUUAUAAUACUAAUAAUGUUUAUCAAACUCAACCCUUACAUCACAUUCCCGGAGGUCCGGCAAUAAAACAUUACACUGUCUUGAAUGAUAAGCGGCAUAUAUUGACUAAAGACACAAAUAAUGAAGUAGCAUUAUAUGAUGUUUUAAAAGCAUGUAAAGUUGAGGAUUUAGGUGAAGUUGACUUUGAGGAAGAAGUGAAGAAGCGUUUCAAAAUGGUUUACGUACCCAAUUGGUUCAAUGUUGAUUUAAAGACUGGCAUGUUGACAAUACACUUAGGACAAGAUGAGACAGAUUGUUUAAGUGCUUGGGUCAGCGCCAAAGAAGCUGGAUUGACUACAGAGAAUGAUCAGAAAGUAAAUUUUGGGGCAUUACUACUACAAGCAUUGUUGGAACACUGGAAUCAUCCAAAUAGAGUGAAUGAAGCGGGGAUGAAAGUCAUAGGAAAUAAUUUCUUUAGUGUUCCACUUCAUACACCAUUGAUCUUCAGUGAAGUUGGCGGUAGAACACUUUACAGAUUACAGGUGGGAGAUGCAGGAGGAGAGAAUGAAGGCAACCUACUUGUUGAGACAGUGCCAUCAUGGGUGGUGGAGGUUGCAAUAGAAAUGUCUGCACCAAACCUCAACAAGCUGCCCUUCUACCUGCUACCACAUUCUAGUUGUCAGAGUAAACAGGACCGACAGAAAAAGGACCGACUGGUGGCCAACGACUUCAUACAAUGUCGUAAAGUAGCCGAACACGUGGUCGAAAAAAUAGUUGGAAGCGGUGACGCCAACGGCGCAAGUGCAGGCAGCGGGAAAGGCAGUGCAAACGAAGACAGCAGCAACGAUUCACCCGAAGAAAGAGUCGAAUUGUUAUGCUGUGAUCAGGUAAAUAGUUUAAUUAUGUUUCAAUACCAUAAAAUAAUCAAAUUUUCAAUAGGGAUGAAGCCUGGUUUAAAAAAAAAGAAAUACUAUUUAGUUAAAGUUUAUUAACAAAAUACGAGUAGUUUAAUUGCACUUUUUUCCUAUUCAGAUGUGAUGUUUUUAAUUUAUAUUACAAUAAUUAAAUGUUAUUAAAUCUUUAUUACAGGUACUUGAUCCAAACAUGGAUUUGAGGACAGUACGGCAUUUCAUCUGGAAGUCAAAUGUAGAAUUCACUCUUCAUUACAGAGUGUUAAAACAAUGAGAGUGUACAAUACCAAGACGCUUUUAUAGGUCAUUAUUUAAAAGGUACUUAUAUUUCCGUUGCUCGAUCGAGUAUUGAGAAGAAGUAUUUUCAGUUCCUUUGUGAAGUGUUGUAGCUACAUAUAAGCAUUCAUAUAAUUGGCAGUGUAAUUUAUCAUUAUGAUUUUAAAUGUUAUUCUAUUUCUUAUAAAACUCUAUUGCCUGUAUCUAAGUCAACUAAAUAUCAAAUCUAUAAGUCAAUUUUGUAAGAAAUCUUGUAUGUAACCUCAACACUGCGAAAGACCAGUGUAAAUUUAAAAGAGUGUGCUGUAAGAAAAUGGACUUUAUUCUAUCGAAAUAAGAUUCAACUACUGUCAUUUUCCUACUUUCUAUAAUUCGUAAACUAUUUUGGCGCCGAUUAUUUUGUUAUUUCUAUCAAUUGUUAAUGUUAUCUAUUUGUUUUAUAAUUAUCAUAUCCAGUAUAUAUGCAAGACUUGCAAUUUUAUCAUACGUGACUACAAUAAUUAUACUGAACUUUCAAUGAUCUUAUACCUGAUACCUAUAACUGUUUAAUAGAUAAUAGUGGAACACCAACAAAUAAUCCAAUAUAAACUCUCACUACAUAGUAAAAUAUACUAAAACUACACGUAAGCCCUGUUUUCAUCACAUAUAUCGUACAUAGUGUUAGUGUGACAGAAGUAUUGUCAUAGAAUAAGCACAUGAGGAUAGAUACGCCAACAUUAUUUGAUCGGACUGUAUGAUAUUUAUCACGUAAAAUAUUCUAAUUAGUCUAGAUUAUGCAUUUGGGGUUAUUCAAGUAUUAUCGAAGCAACAUAAAGUAGAGGGGUGGCAGUUUCUAAUUGUAUAAUCUUUCUAUAUAAGUACCUAACUGUAAGAGUUUGCUUGAUUGGUUUGAUUAUGGUUUACACGUUGGCGCCCAACGUGGGGCCAUUGAAGCGCUUCUCACCUUCC